AUGCGUAGUUCCAUUGUAAAUAUGAGUUCAGUCUUACCGACGAUAGAAAGGCUUUCAUCUCGUGUAAUACGUAUUCUAGGAUUGAACCCGGGGCCGUUUACGCUUCAGGGCACGAAUACAUAUUUGGUUGGCACGGGAAGAAGAAGAAUAUUGAUUGACACUGGAGAGGGUCGAGAAGGCUAUCCUGCACUCGUUAAGGAGGUGCUACAGCAACAGGACUGCAACAUCGAGCACGUGCUUGUGACUCACUGGCACGGUGACCAUGUAGGAGGAAUCAGAGAUGUGUGUGAGUUGCAGACAGAUGAUACGGUCUCGCUCUUUAAAUUUCCUAGACUCUCGACACGAGACGAAACAAUUGGAGUGAACAUUUCUUACUCAUUCUUGAAUAAAGAAGAGGAGGUUUUUGAGACAGAGGGGGCAACACUGAGAGCCUUGUACACUCCAGGUCAUACUGAUGACCACAUGGCCAUCAUCCUGGAAGAAGAGAAUGCACUGUUUUCAGGAGACUGCAUUCUAGGCGAAGGAACGGCAGUGUUUGAAGACUUAUACGACUACAUGAAGUCAUUGCAACGACUCUCUGCUCUCAACCCAACCAAAAUCUACCCCGGCCAUGGACCAGUUGUGGAGAAUGCCAAAGAGGUUAUGGAGGGUUACAUAGCUCACAGAAAUCAACGAGAAAAACAGAUUUUAGAUGUGUUGGAAUCCGGUGAGCAAAGUGGGUACUCUGCUAUGGAUCUAGUGAAAGUCAUUUAUAAGGACACACCUGAACAUCUUCAUGUUGCUGCUGCCAGCAAUGUUGCUCACCAUUUACAAAAAUUGUGUAAAGAGAAUCGAAUAUGUCGUUCUGACGUGGGAGAGCGGUGGACUGUUAGCAAACUGUGACGCUGAGGAUGCAGUAUGCCAGCAAGCUCGACACGUGGUGAGCGGAUUGGUUUACGACAGUGUAGUGUGAACAGUGUGGUUUGAUGGUUUGAUAGGCGGUUUAUUAAUUGGCAAUACAACCAACGACGUAGCAGCACGUGCAUGUGCUAUCUAUGGACACUUUCCUGUAUAGACGCCACCAGUCAGAAAACAAUUGUGUACAAAAACAAUUGUUGUACACAAUUGUCCUUCUAUUGUCUUCCAUUAAUGUAUACACACAAUUUUUCUAUUGUCUUCGCUCUGAUUUUAUCUCCAGUGGAUAUAUACCGCAUGUCUAGUAGAAAAGUCCUAUUGUAAUAUAUGAGAUUAGAUAAG